ACUUUUGGUGCAAAUUAUGUACAUGUGCAUAUAAAAGCUAUCAUCAUUGCACACACGUUUCAAAAUCAGUUACCACACUCCCACUUCGGUUAUCUUAAAAAGCAGAGCAAAAGCCAAAACCAGAUUGAAUCGUCCACAAUGACUGAGAAGAACAAAAGGAGCAAUGGCGAGCAGCAGCCGAAGAAGGAGGGAACAGAGAGCAAGAACAAGGGCGGAAACGUCACCGUCGUGCUGAAGGCCGAUCUGCAUUGCGAAGGCUGCGUUUCCAAGGUUUUGAAGUGCAUUCGCACUUUCGACGGUGUGGACACAGCUAAUAUCGGCGACGGGCAGAUCACCGUCUUCGGGAAGGUGGAUCCGGCUAAGCUCCGGGAAAGGGUGGAAAAGAAGACUCACAAGAAGAUUGAAGUGGUUUCGCCGCAGAGCAAAAAUGGGGACGGCAAAGAGAAAGCCAAAGGCGGCGGCGAGGCCAAAAAAGAAGAGAAGAGGAAGGAAUCAAACGAAAAAAAGACGAGCAAUAAAUCCGAUGAGAAAAAGAGCAAGGAGAAAGAGCCUACGGUUACAACGGCGAUAUUGAAGGUGCAUUUACACUGCGAGGGCUGCAUCCAGAAAAUCCGCAGAAUCGUGGUGAAGACGAAGGGUUACAGAGAUAUGAAGAUCGACAAGCAGAAGGAGACGGUGACGGUGACCGGAGCUUUUGACAUGAAGGCGUUAGCUGAGGUGCUGAAGAAGCAUUUGAAGAGGGAGGUGCAAAUCAUGCCGCAGAAAAAGGAGGGCGAGAACAAAGAGAACGGGAAAGGCGGUGGGAACAAGGGAAAGAGCGGUGGCGGAGGUGGAGGUGGAGGUGGGGAUGGAGAUGGUGGGGUGAAGGCGGGUGGCGGUGAGAAGAUGGAAGGGAAUAAUAAUAAAAUGCAGUUUCAAGUUGCAUAUCCGUACCCGUAUCCUUACCCGAUAGCAUACGAGUCGGGCGUGAUGGUGGAUCAAUUCCACUACAACCCGUAUGCAUUCGGACCCAACUAUGCCCCGCAGCUGUUUAGCGAUGAGAAUCCUAAUGCAUGUAGUGUUAUGUGAGUGGGUGGAUUAUUAUGUUGUAGAUGAAAGCGGUUAAGAGUAAUUUGGUCUUUUUAAUUAGUUGCUCUUUUUAAUCUAAUAUAAUUCAUAAAGUCUGUCUAGAGAAAUGGUUUA